AUGCAUGUCUCUCUGGACAUUGAUGUGUCGCCGUCAAGUCGCCUACCUGCUGGUAAGUGGCUUGUAAUUCGGGCUGGUGUUCAGGAAGCGGAUCUGGAGACAUUGCCCUCUCCAACUCAGAGGCCUCUUUUAGCAAAAGAGGUGCAGAAGGGGCCCCAGAAAACGCGUUGGUUCUUCACUAAGCUACUUGCCAAAGAGAAGGGUGAGCAUCUGGAUCAUCACAGCUACACGCUGAGGGUCCCUAGAGCGGCUGCAGAGGUCGAUGACCUUUCGUCCAUACUGCUCGUCGAUUUACUUGUUCAAGGAGUACUGCCAAAUGAGUGCGCAGAACACAAACAUUCGUGGUUGGACACGCGUGCUGACAGCAACGACACUGUGCUGUUAGGUAGGUACAGGGUUAGCCUUGCAGAUCUCUUGGGCUCGCGGGGACAAUCACAGUCCGUUUCAAUUACCUCCCUUAUUGAGGACAGCAAGCUUGCCAACUUGGCAGUUCAGUACCAGCAGUUUGCAGGAACAAGGAUGGAUAAGCAGGUUAUCGUGACAAUGGACAGGCCAGGCGCAAGAGGGUACCUGUCCCUGUGUGUGUGCACAAAGGAAGCGGGACACGCCCUCUAUGAUGUGGUCUAUCAAGAUGUUGCUAGCGGCAUGAAGACAGGCCCAACGUUUGAACUAACAAUUCCAUAUGAUAUUCUCCUGUGCUACUUCUCGUCGUAUGGACUGGCAAUUGCAGAUAAGGGAGAGACAGGUAUUCCUUCUAGCAGUGUCAUUAGUAAUGCAGAGCUGAAGAAGAUGGGACAAGACCUUUUGCUUGGCCCUCGAGAUAGUCAGGCAUCAGUUCGUCUCUCUUCUAACACCUCUCUCAGCACCUCGUCCAAGCUAAAGCAAUCUACAAUCCGUCUAAAGUAUAUUGAUAAGCAAUGUAAAAUUGACCAGAUACUAUAUGUCAUGAUAGACGAUUCAGUUUCACUACGCUUUGAAUGCAUCAAAUUAGGAGUACAGACAAGUGCUCGUAUGCUUUUGCAAGCCAUUUUUGAAAAGACCUCCCAACUGAUUGGUGACAUGGAACCAGGUCCAGAUGAGCGGAAGAAACCCUCAUGGCGCAUUCCAUGGAUGGAGGUUCCUGUCCCGGGGGUUAAGCGAUUUCUUGAGGAGGCUAUCGAGGUCCUUCAUUCUCACAUAGUAGAUGAUAACACAUUAGUGCGAGUCUCGGGCCUUUCGGAGCGUCCCUUUGGGCGGUUAUCCUAUGACACUGUUAUAUCUAAAAGAAUAUAUGCGCUAGUGCUAUCUAAUGACGUGCUACACUCCAUAGAUCUUCAUACUUGUAUCAGCGAAUGUAGUUCUGUGGUGUUUCUUCUAUUCUGCUUCAUGCACCGUGAUUUGGACCCCGACAAGCUUCUGGCACAAUACAGUAAUGUUAUUAUAUUUGAUAUUCUUCGACCUGACUAUGACCAACUCCAGCACGUACUUCUUUCCAUCUGCAGUUGCAUUCGCUACAAUGCUGAAAGCGAAAAACGCAAUCACUGUAUCUGUGGAUAUCACAUUGGCUAA